AUGAAUUAACAAAAGCAUUUCAAAUUCAUACUCUAAUAUCUAGAAUUCAGUUCAAAAUCAGAUCAACAGUAGUACGAAUUAACGAUUUUGUUAAAACGUAGUACAGGUGCAGCACAAUAGGUGGUUGGGAAAUUACCAAUAAAGAAUCCAGAAAAGACAAUUACAAUUUGUCGUCUUCCAAUAGAUUAGGUUGUUGAGUUUUAAUAACGGAUGAUAAAAAAGGAUGGGAUUUAUGCUGAUUAUAAUGUAUAAUCUUUAGUUAUAGUUAGAUAAAAUUCCUUUUCUAUUUAGCUGGUAAUCAAUUGGUUGGUGAUUGUGUAAUCAAUUUAGCUUACUUUUUAGAUGGUGGAGCAACUCAAGAUCAAAAAUAGAAAAAACCAUUAACUUCUACAACAGAUAAGAGAGCAGCUUUAUUAUUUAAAGUAAUUAAGGAUUCAAUGUUGGAAUCUUAAGAAAUUCCAAUUUCAGAAAUUCCUGCUCCAGUUUUAGGACCUGUUUCUCAAGCUUAAACAACACGAUCAUCAAGUUUUUUAAAGACUGAAUCUAGAUCAACAAGAGCUCGUAGUCAAUCUCCCCCUAAAGAGUUUAAGACUACAAUCAUGGUCAGUAAAGCUAAUGAAUAACCAACUUAAGCAACUCUUUCAUAAUCCUAAUUCUAAUAAUCAUAAUAGUUCUAAUCAUUAUAAUAAUAACAACAAACAUAGUAGUAGUAAUAGUAAUAGUAAUAGUAAUAGCAAUAGGAUAAUCUUACCUAAAAGUUUGUUUAAUUAGGUGAGAAAUUUCAAUAAUAAAAAUUGCAAUAGAAUACACAACCACCCUGUUCUCCACCUCCUUAAGAAUAUGAUAAUUUUAAAGAAAUCACUGAUCUUCUUUCUUAAUAAGAAGCUGAAUUAGAAAAAUAAAUUGAAUAACUUGAUAUUCAUAUAAGAUCUGAUGGGAAGUUUAAAAAGAUUUUCGAUGAUUCUACAUUCAACAAUUUUGACGUUAGCUCUUAUGAUUCUGAAAUCUAAUAAUGGAAAUAAAAGUGUGCAGAACUUGAAGAUAAAUUUAAUAAAAUUUAAGAUGAGAAUUAACACUUGACUGUAAUUAUCAGACAAUAAAGUGAGUAAUUAAAAAAAAUGAAUCAGAAAUCUCAAUCUGGUUAUAGGUAAUUAAAUGAUAAUAAUCUCAAUUAAUCUAUUUCAUCUAAUAAUAAUAAUAAUAAUCAAGAAUAGUAUGAGAAAACUAUUGAGAAGAAAAACUAAAUCAUUAAAGAAUUAUCUAAUUAAAUGUUAGAGUUGGAGAAAAAUGCUAAUGUCAAUAUAAUUGAUUAAUUAAGGAGUCAGAUUUUAAGAUUAGAAUAAUAAAUGUAAGAGAAAGAAGAUUAAUGGUUAGCCUAAGAAAGAAUAUAUAAGGAUAAGAUAUUUUAAUUGUUAUAAAAUACAGAAUGAAUU